UUUCUUACUGACCACACCAGCCAACUUGGACCUGACGUAUAACUUUAUCCUGAUCAUCACCUACAGGUCAUCGGAGGUCAGCACUUUGACCCUACACUUCCAGUCUGCAGAUGACCAGGUUCACAAUGUAACCAUGGAAACGCCUGUGUGUUCAACGACCUGGUGUGAGCUGAGCAGUCCAGCACCAAUAGCUCUGUAUCCAGGACCAAACUUAAUUACGUUGACAAACAAUGACGCUGAGGUUUUAUUGGACAAGAUAGUGGCUGUACCCCAGGAGUUCCAGAAUGUUUCUUCACUUGUGACGUAUGACUUACCAGCUGGCUGCAACUUUUUAAAAAACCAAUUCCCCACCAACCCUCCAGAUCUUGUCCUGUGCCAGAAAGCUUUGUUUACAGUCACCAUGUACUACUGGGAGGCUCCCCUGCCUUGUAACUGUGAUGUAACAGGGAGCUUUGAUUCCACAUGCAACAUGACAGGGGGUCAGUGUAAAUGCCAGACUGGUGUUGUGGGCAGAACUUGUAACAAAUGCUCUCCAAGUUACUAUCGCUUCAGUAACACUGGGUGUACAGAUUGCAAGUGUGAUGUACUCAGCUCGGCAUGUGACAGUGUCACUGGACAGUGUCAAUGUCCUGACAAUACCCUGGGUAGACAGUGUGAAUUUUGUUUACCAAACAACUGGAACUGGACAAAAACAGUUGGAUGUACGCCCUGCGCCUGUCACCCCACUGGCUCAUUAAGUCUACAGUGUAACUCUACCACUGGCGUUUGUCUGUGUAAAACUGGUUAUAGAGGAUCCAAAUGUGAGAGCUGCAUGGAUGGCUUCUAUCGUGAUGCCAGACAAGAAUGUGUUCCAUGCAGCUGUGAUGAGGCAGGAUCUUUAACAUCAGUGUGUAACCAAACCACAGGACAGUGCUCUUGUAAGGAGAACACAGUUGGGAGGGCAUGCACCAGCUGUAAAACUGGAACUUUUGGUCUGAGCGCCAGCAACAGCAGAGGAUGUCUGAGCUGUGUGUGUAUGGGCAUCACAUCAGACUGUACAGCUGCCAACAUUAAGCUGAACCCUGCCAUCUUUCCUCUGACUGUAAGGACAGACUCUGGUGAAGCCUCUGCCAUCAAACUCUGCACUGAAAAUGGAACUGUGUACGACAUGAACAUCACCCUGGACACCAGCAAAAGCCUGAGCCAACCAAUGGUAUCUCUCACAGAAGCCCAGCCACGCCUCUAUUGGCAGAUGCCUGGUGUUCUUCUCUCAAAUCUCUUAUCUCUUUAUGGAUCAGACGUGACCUUCACCGUUGAUUAUAUCAUCGUGUUAGGUCAACGUAUCCUUGACCUUAAGGUCAUACUAAUUGACAGCAGUGGUAUCACUCUGACCCAGACAGUGACAAACUUCGACCAGGGGGUGGACACCACCCACAGGAUUGUCCUGAGGGAAAGCAGUUGGAGCAAAUCUUCUGGCAACCUUACAAGAGGGGAGUUUCUAAAAAUUUUGUACACUGCCAAAGUUCUGCUGGUUCCUGCAUCUUUUGCUACAGGCAAACACACAUCUAGAUUAUCCAAGCUGGAGUUUAGCUCAGUGAGUGAUGUAGGACUGGUGAAUCCUUAUGUGGAGCUGUGUGCUUGUGGUCCACAGUACACAGGCAGGUCAUGUGAGUCUUGUGCCCUGGGCUACAAAAGAGCCAAUGUGACAAGCUCAGAAUAUUUUGGUGUCUGUGUACCAUGUGACUGCAACAACCACUCAAACACCUGCAACCCUGACACAGGCGUGUGUUUAGACUGUCAGCACAACACAGCAGGUAACAGUUGUGAAACCUGCAAACAUGGGUACUACCCCCAUGCUACCAAUGGCUGUACACAGUGUCCCUGCUACUACCCCCGGGUCAAGAAUGAAACAUGCCAUACAGACAACACCACUGGCUCUAUUGUUUGUGAUUCUUGCAAUGUGGGAUACACUGGGGAUUUAUGUGAUAAAUGUGAACCGUUGUAUUAUGGGAACCCUCUUGAUGUCAACGGAACAUGUUCCCUAUGUACCUGCAAUGGCAAUUCUAAAACCUGCAACAAUGUCACUGGAAUUUGUGACUCUUGUUCCAACAACACCGCAGGGGAUCACUGUGAAGUCUGUGCUGUUGGGUUCUAUGGCAACGCUUCACUACAAACCUGCCAAGAGUGCCAGUGCAAAGCUUCCAUGUCCAACUCAACUGUGUGUGACAACAUCACUGGACAGUGCCCCUGUUUUUAUGGUGUAGGAGGCAGGACAUGUGACCAGUGUCUUCUUGGGUAUUGGGGCUACAACACUCAAAACAACACAGGGUGUCAGUUCUGUGGCUGUCUAGAAGCUGGAAGUUUAAAUGCACAGUGUGACAACACAACUGGUCAGUGUUCCUGUAGGAACUACACUACUGGCACACACUGUAACCAGUGUGUAGAGGGCUAUUAUGGUUUGCCUACUCUACCAUGUCAGGCAUGUGGUUGUAAUGUUACUGGCUCCGUACCUGGGUCAGGGUGUAACAAGACAACUGGUCAGUGCCAGUGUCAGCCUGGUGUGGGUGGUCGACAGUGUGACCAGUGCCUGCCCCUCUAUGUUAACUUCACAAGUGCUGGGUGCCAAGAAUGUGGUCCUUGUCAGAGAUCCCUGGGUCAGGACAUCCAGCUGCUGUCAGGAGCUGCCAACAGUGUGCUCAACAAGACCAUGCUUGCCUUGAAUGUGCAGCUGGAGGACCCAACCUUGCAGGUUUUGACGGCUAAACUCAACCAAAGCUUGAACCUUCUAGGGCUGGCUGGGAGCAACAAAUCAUCCAUCACUGAGGUCAUUAGCUCAGUAGAUGGUCAGCGGAGUUUGCUGGAGAAUGGCACGCAAAUCCUGGAGCUUAAGGUUUCAUCUCUAGUGAAUUCUACCUCAACAUCCAAGAACAGAAGUGAAAUGGAAGUGUCCAGGUUUAGUGCUCUGAAGGAUCAAGCCACAAAUCUGUCAAGUGAUUCAGCAGCAGUUGACCAGCUUCUCUCUAAAAAUCUGGGUGUCUUUGAUGCCUACAACCAAACUGCUUCUCUGUAUUUGAGUGUAAGAGGCAACAGCACUGAAGAUUUAGCCCUGACCUUUCAACCUGAACUUAGCCUGGCCACCUCCCUCCUAGCUACUGUACAGGACACAGGCAUCAUGGCAAAUACUAACAACAUCAUUUAUAAACAGGCCACUACAAUAGCAAAUAUGAGUUCUUCAAUGAUAAGCUUAAGUGCUGAUCUGGAUGCCAAGUCUCUUGCAGUUUCAAACUUAUCUUCUGUAUUGGAUACUUUAGAUUUUUCCACUUCCUCUGUGGAGAACACCCUAGCUCAGGCUAAUGUGUUUAAAUCUCAAGCUGAUGAUGUGAACAGGUCUGUCAGUGAUGUCUUGAACACAGCUGACAUGAAAUAUGCUGACAUGAGUUCAAAUUUCACUGCUGCCAAAAAGUCAGCCAGUAAUGCAGAAACUAUUUAUAGUGCUAAUGCAGCUUCUGUUAUGUCAUGGGGAGAUAAUCGCCAAUUUCCUAUAGGUGUGAGUAAUAUAGUCACUGGCAACUUGACGCUGAGAAACUCUUUGGAGUCCACCCCACCCUUGAUAGACAAGACCGCGCUGGCUGUCACCCAAGCAGAGGCUCAUGUCACAGCCCUGGAAAUAUCCUACAGUGAAAUAAACAGGACAUACCAGAACAUCUCUACUCUAGGUAAAGCUGCGGUACAAAUCAUUGAUGACUUCAACACAGCAACACAAAACUUGGACAGCGCUGUCUCAAUGAUACAGUCAGCUGACCAGCUUGUCCUGCUCAUUCAGGGAAACAUCACAUCAGAGCUGGUCGACAGGAUGAGGGCAGAGUUUGAGGCUGAGAGGAAUAGUAGUGAGACACUCAGAAAUUAUGUCAUGGCUGUUGAUUUUCAAACUCAGGUUCUACAGAAUGGAGUCAGCACUGCAGCCAACAGGAUCAACAAUGAGCUUGCCCAGUGGUCACCUGCUGUUGUGGAGCUGGACGCUAUGAUAACUGCUGCCCAAGGCUUGAACACUCUUUACAAAGACAGCCCAGCAGCUGGCCAACUGUCAGACGCAGCCAGUAAACUACAAGAGGCCGCCACUGUGGUGCAAACAGCCGCCUCCAGUGCUGCUAGCCAGGACAAUGUCCUCAACCAGAAACAGGGGGACAUUGAUACACUUUACAAUCAGACUGAUAGAGCCCUUGACUUGCAGAAAUCACUUGAACAGCGAUUGAUAAACCAAGACUCCAAUCUAAAUGUGUUCAAACAAAACAUGACGUCUGCUAGUUCCCUGUUGCAAGCUACAGACCAGACGACCAAAGACAUUGAAAGCAAGAUUGCAGUUUUAAAAAAGAAAAUGGAAAUGGCUGAAGCAGCCCUGGCCAAGUUGCGCCAGCCUGUCACUUUUGAUGGGAACCUCGGCCUGCAAAUUGUCAACCCUGGAAACAAUGUUCAGCGAGUGUUUGAUGACAUUGUUGUAGAUUUGAGAAAACCUUCAAACUUCAGCAAUGGUGUUUUCUUUUAUGUGGAUAACCCAUCAUCAGGAGCAGAGCUGCAACUAGGUGUAGCCAAUGAUACACUGUAUUUUGAGUUCAGCACUGGAGUACAGAAUGUCAGGGUUCCAAGUCGUUUUGCUGGCUGUGAUGAUUGUUGGGUUAGGCUCUCUGCCACAAGAUAUGCAAAUGUAGGUCAUCUUGCUGUAACAUUGUUGUCAACUGGAGGACUAGUAUCUGACAGUGUUACUGCACCUGAUAACUCAUUAGCCCGAGAAAUUACCUUGAACUCUGCUCUUUUUAUUGGUUCACUUCCAGAUACAAAGGAGACUAGUAAAGUGAGAGAUCGAAGUUUUAAGGGCUGCCUGGACAACCUGGUGUACCAAAGUCAGGAAAUCAACCUGUGGGUCACGCAGUCAUCAGGAACAAGCUCCCGCACCUGCUGCCAGAGUCCCCCUGCUCUACCCUCCACCCCAACAGUUCCAGGAAUAUCUUUCUCCGGGUUUGGGUACAUCACAUUCUCACCUGGGACUCUGGUCUUGUCUGACAUCAUGCAGGUCAGCUUAGAAUUCCGGACGUUCUCCACCUCGGCUACCAUGCUUUCAAUUUCUUCAGCGGACGGCAGAACAGUUUACUCUGUGCUGAUUGAUUCUGGUCUGGUUGUGUGGGUCAUCAAUGUCGACGGAGUUCAAAUUAGGUUGCAGAGUCAGAUGCCAUAUGCAACUGGAAGGUGGGCUCAGGUCCUAACAACAAGAGAACAGCAAAAUCUGAAGUUGUCAGUCCGGUAUUUGGAUGACCCAAGUAGUUUAAAUGUCGACAACUAUACAGUUACUUUCCCAUUGAACUUGACCCCCUUGAAUGACAUGAGUAUUUUAUUUGGCUCCAAUACUGUCAAUUUAAAUAAUAGAAAUUCAAUCUUUGCUGGCUGUAUGAGAAAUGUGUCCCUCAGUAGCACGUCAACGACAAUACGACCAAACUUCGUGGACAACGUCACAUACUCCGCUGGUAUCAGCACUAGCGGAUGUUAUGAAAAUGUAGUCAGUGGACUAAGUUUUACCACAGAGAUGUCCUAUGCCCAGUUGCAAGUCAAAGACCCUUUACAACAGAUUAAUAAAUUGGAAAUGACUAUAGUCACACAAGAGCCUAAUGCUGUACUUUUAUAUAUUUAUGCCUCAGAUUCUCUUCGCUUCCUGUACCUGGCCGUGUUUGGGGGAAAUGUUGUCUUGGUCUAUCGACAAAAUGAAACCUCCACAGUGGUCAGUGCAAAUAACUACAUCAGUGAUGGUCAGCAACACACCAUAGUUCUGGACUGUACUACAUUAAGGGUUUCUGUGAGAAUUGAUAACAUUGUGUUUGAGGACACAUCCCAAACACUGAGUGUCAGCUACCUGACAUUCCCUGCUAAUGUUGCCCUGUAUCUUGGGGGUGUGCCAGAAGGGACGACACUUCCCCCACAGUGUCCAGUCACACAGUCUGCUGCUGGAGGAAUAACCAAACUUCUGAUAAAUAACAAUCCUGUAGACUUACACCAAAGCAGCAUCAUCAGCAGCAAGGACGUGUCUCUGGCUGGUGUACAGGGAACUCUGAGUGCCACACCUGCCCCACCUGUAGCCACACCCACACCAUACACCUGCGCCCCUGCACCAAAUCCAGCUUACCUGUCCCUGAGUGAAGGAAUUCUAAUGUCUGGGGCUAAUGAAAUCAACUGGUCAGGUCUGGGAGCCAACCCAAAUCUCCUAGAGCUGUUUGAAGGAAUGUUUAGCCUAGAUAUUGAUUUUGCAAUCUACAAGGCAGAUGGUGUGAUAUUGUAUGUUGCUGAUAUGACUAACAACCCGACAUAUUAUUUUAUUAUCUAUGUGAUGAAUGGGAAAUUCCAUGUUGCCAUGAAAACAUCCCUUAAUUCCUAUGAUCUUCAAGUUGAAGAGUCGUUUAAUGAUGCCAAGAGAUACAGUUUAACUGUCUUGAAAAGCAAUGAUUUUCUUGCUGUGGCUGGGCCUUUAAAGAAUUACAUCAACUCUGGUGCAUCACCAAAUAUCACAUCAUCCUUAACAUUCCCUACAUCUUCUGGUGUAUUUAUAGGGAACAUUGGACCAAAUGUACUGCCUAAUUCUCCUUUACCACGGGCAUUCAUUUUACAGCAAUCCAAAGUUUCUUUUGCUGGUGCAUUAUAUGCUGUUAAACUCAAAACAACUGCAGAAAUAGCAUUGCCAAUCAUGUCUCUGGAUCGUACCAAGUUUCCAGCCAUUCCCGCUGCUGUUUACUAUGGGAUUUCCUUAUCUGGAGUUAACUCUUAUCUAGGACUAGGAACCUACACCAUCAACACCAGUUUAACCAUAGAGGUUACCAUGACAACCAUAUCUGAGUCUGGUUUACUCUUUGCUUUGUUUAAAGAUGGCAAAUUUGUAGCUGUUGAUGUAAAAAGCAAUCAGCUGAAACUACACCUGUCUCCUUCUUACCCUGGUAUAACCACACCUCUGACACUAACACUGGAUACAUCUGUCAGGCUCUGUGAUGGAAUGAUUCAUAACAUCAAGAUUGAGAUUGAUAACAGCCUGGCAACUCUCACAGUUGACAACGUAAGCAGACCUUCUCGAGUGAUACCUGUUAGCAAUGCACUGCUAGGGAUUACAGAUGCACAGUUUUACAUUGCUGGUUUACCAGAAGCUGUUGGGGCACUAGGUAUAGUGACUUCUAGCAGUAUAAAAUCUUGUGUUAUGUCAGCAACUCUCACCACUGGUACAGCAGAGAAAGUUACUUUUGAUCCGACUCAAUACGCCUCAUCAAGUUCGGGUACCUCUUACAGCUGUCCUCACUAAAAUCAAGCUUUGGUUUUGUUUACUAUUAUAAAUUCCGUACACAAUAUUUUUAUUUUUAUAAAAGUGAUAUAUAAAUAUUUUUUUCGUGUAAACAUUCUGCUAUGUAAGAAAUUAACUAAUAGAAGAAAAAUAACUUUUAACAUUUUUAUAAUGAUUAAAAACAAGCAAGUAACAAAAAUUAAUUUAUG